UCUCUCAGUGCAGCAGCCCUCACAGAGCGGAGAACACGGAGCUGAGAACCUUUAUCUGAUGGAAAUACGGCCUUCAAAACAGCGGAUUACAGCGGAGAAGAACUGAAACGCAGCGUGGAGAAAGAAGGACGGCGGUUUAUUUGUGCGUUUACAGAUUAAAUCUGUAAAAGUUUUUGGCGCUCCAGUGGUGAAGUUCUCCGUUAGUGAGGGCUGCAGUGACGACCAGCUUCAUUCAAACAGCUGCUGAGAGGAGAAGAAAGUGGGCACGGUGGAGAUUUGGGCCAUGGAGGUUCUCCGGAUCUGCAUCUACGCUUUAGCAAUAAAGGUGGUGGUGGGCGACGUGUGUGUGACCAUGCGCUUCACACACCAUGGUGAGUGCUGCUCUGAGUGCCUGCCGGGCACCGGAGUGGCAUCUGAGUGUGGAGCAGAAAACACAAAGUGCCAGGAGUGCCAAGACGGUGUGACGUUCUCAGACUCCGCCGGUCUCUCCGGUUGCCUGGCGUGUGCCCACUGUCCGCCUGGCGUCCCCCAGCUGGCGCGCUGCACUGUGACCCAGGACACACAGUGCGAUUGCGGUGAGGGUUUCUUCCUGUGGAGGGACGGGAACAGCACGGUGGGCCGCUGCGCCCCCUGCAGUGUGUGCCAACGCGGUGAGGAGGUGACCCGCAUGUGCGGACCACUGGGAAACACGGAGUGCAAGCCGUGCCUGCCGGGCACCUUCUCAGAGCAGCAGAGCGCCAGCCAGCCCUGCCAACCCUGCACCCGCUGCAAAGAUGACGAGGUGGAGAUCCGAGCCUGCCAGCCCAACUCAGACACACUCUGCAUGGAGCGGGAUCUGAACAUCAUGUCUCGGCCGGCGGGCUCCGAGGGGCCGUUUCCACGCUGGCCCGGAUUGGCCGACGACGACAGCGUGAAGGGGAGCGGAGCGGCUUCCGGCUCCGAAGCCCCCGAACUCACCCCGCAGGAUCAGGGGGGCAACAACAUCCUGCUGUACGUGUCUGUGCUGGCAGCUGUGGUGCUGGGACUGCUGAUCUAUGUCGCCUACAAGUGCUGGAAGUCCUUUCAGCAGAAGAAAGCUCUGGGAAAAGCUCGCGCUGGAGAGCUGAACAACGUCGCUGAGGGAGAGAAGCUGCACAGCGACAGCGGCGUUUUCCUCGACUCGCACAGCCUGCAGGACGGCCAGCCCAGCAAAGGCAGUAAGCGGGACAGCAAGCAGGACACCCGGCUGUAUAUAAACCUCCCCCCACACCGGCAGGAGGAGGUGGAGCGGCUGCUGGAGGAGGGAAGUGGGCGGAGCUGGAGGCAGCUGGGUGGAGCCUUGGGCUACGAGCAGGAGCGCCUGGACGUUUUUGGGCGCGGAGAGGACCCCGUCCGCACGCUGCUGACGGACUGGUCUCAGCAGGACGGCUCCACGCUGGGCCUGCUGUGCUCCGCCCUCGCCCGCGUCGAGCGGCACGACGUGGCCAAAGCCCUCACCGCCCCCGCCCAGGGCGUAUCGGUCGUCUGAAUGCCGGGCGGCUCUCUGAAGGCGCGUUUCCACCGCAGGAACUUUUAGGUGUUCACCAAACAAGGGAGCAUUUUCUACACUAGCGCCCUCUAGAGGCCUGCAUUUGCUACAAGCGCCUCGUUGCUCAUUUUAACACUUGUGUUUGCUGGAAUGGGAAUAAGACUAUUAGUGUUUCCACCAGACGAUGCACAGCUGUUGGUUUCUACCCCGGAAUAUGAGCUUUUCUGCGGAUCAGGAACGUCUCUGAUUGGUCAAACGCGAGGUUUACAGAACACUCCUAUUUAGCAUUUUAAUAAAACACGUCACGGAUACCACCAAAGCAAAAUGAGAAGGAUAACCAGUGAUUAAAAUGGAAAAGUGGACCGACCAUUAGGAGCGAUUCUGGAAUAUCAACAUCCUCAUCCUC